AUGGCCUCAGAACAGAAAGAACUUCGAAAGGAGCUCCUGGCACACGCGGACGGAGGAAGCAAAGACCUCCAACUCAAUGCGAAAGCAGUGCUUGCGGUGGCAGCGGACCUCCAAGCAGCAGCCCUCAAAGUGACGGAGCUGCAGACGGAGAUUGGGCAGCUGAAGUCGCUGAACUCUAUUGAGGAGAGCGUCUCGGAGUGCCGGCUGCGCCUCAAAGAAAUGGCAGACCAGGAUUGGACGCAUGAUGAGUUCUGCCGUGAAGCACUGAGAGACAUUGGGGCCAAUGCUAGGGCCAUCCACGAGAACAGCGAGACCCUCCUUGACAGAGUGCCACGCCUCCACAACAGGGCGCCGCCGAUCCCUACGAGUGCGGGGGGAGGUGGAAGUCGCCCCUCAACGGAUGGAGGGAGUGGCAUGCCUCCUGUCAUCAACCUCGUGGAGGCACUGGGAGGAGCGAGGCUGAGCCACCAACGAGGGAAUGGCACGCCAAUCCUGACGCUCCCCAACGGACAGCAGAUGACGGUGGAGCCGAAUGAGCUCGUGGCAAUGCUCUACAGGCCAUGA